CUAACAAUUGGGUGUUGGAUUGACCAAAAUGACUUAUUGGUGGUGUAGGUGUGUGUCUCUUUCUGGCUUAGCUUUCGGCAUUUAUUCGUCCCAAUCAACAGAAUCAAAUUCCUCCGCCCAAACAAACAGCACUCAUCUUUCUCACACUCUUCACGUGUUACGCAUGACCACUUACACCUACACUCCUCCUUGUAUAGGCGUAGGACCUCCAUUUCUGCCACACGUCCGUGUUCCCACGCGCUUACGACCUACUUAUUAUGCCUUCACUACCUCCGCCGCUGCUUCUUCUCCUCAUUCACUCAAUUUCUCUUUUCCUCACCGGAGAUAUUUUUUCCCGCCAAAAUCUACCAUGCCUUCCGCCGCCGCUGCUGCCGCCGAUGAUGAAAUGAAGUUUCCUAUCGAACUAAUUGAUGAGUUCGAUUUUGAUCGAAUCGUCUCCUCCGAUGGACUUAUCUCCAUUUGCGGCUUCGGUUCUCUCCUCUCAGAGAGGAGUGCUCGGAGUACAUUUCCAGAUCUGAUCAAUUUCAGAGUGGCAAAAUUGAGUGGAUUUCGGAGAGUAUUUGCUCAUGUGGCACCUAUUUUCUUCGAGCGUGGCAUUGCUAAUCCUGAUACCAAGGAAAUAUCAAGCUUGAGUGUGGAGCCCUGUGAAGGGGAAACUCUUAUAGUUACUAUCUUUGAAAUUCAGAGAUCAGAGAUUCCAGCAUUUAUUGAAAGGGAGCACGAAUUCCGGUUUUUAGCUGUAAUCCCAGAAACAUUAAAUGGAUUGUUUUACAUCAACCCAGCAAUAAUUUGUGCCCGUUAUAGUGAUGAGGAGUAUCUGAAAACUAGAUGCAAAGGUGAUAAAGGCAUCUUCUUCCAGCAGUAUGGACGGUAUAAUAUUGACAAGAUUUGGAGGGAUGAUAUAUUACCUUGCCGUGUCUAUCUCCGCCAUUGUGUUCUGGCAGCUCAAAAUCUUGGUGAUAUAGCUUACGACAAUUUUCUUGAUCAUACUUUCCUUGGCGAUCGUAGAACAACAAUACGUGAGUACUUGGCAACUACUGGUUCUGGAAUCAUGGAAGAGGAGCCUCCAGAAUUGUUAAAAUACCGAUAUGGCGGUUAAGUUGGACGCGGAAUGACAUUGCUGAUUUAGUUAUUCCAUUAGAUGUCCAUUGAAUGAGUGAAGUUUGGGUUCAUCAUUAUAACAAAAACACUAGAUUUCAGAUCUCUUCACUAAGUCGCUGGGAUUAUCAAGUAGCUUUGCUGAAAAACAUCAUAAUAAUGCAUCAGCAAAGGUAAGAACAUGUUCGUGGCUGGCAUCACAAAUAGACUGCAUAUCGUAUGUUGAAAUUUGACUUUUGAUCUGUCUACAUUGUACUGUAUAAGCAGUAAUGCAAUUAGACUUGUAGAUGUAAAUCUGCUUCUUUCUUUUCUUCCCCUGUAGUCAUUUUCCUCUAGAAUGAGGAGCAUUGACAGAUAGUUGAACUGAAACUCAACGUAUAUUGUGACUAUUAUGCUUUAAUGGAGUCCAUUUCGUUGAAACUAA